CAGUUGUUGUUUUCGUUGUUGGAUUUUCGAAAAGAAACAAAAAAAAAAGGAAAGUGCAAUUAAAGGAAGUCGUAAAAUACCAACAAACGCACGAAGACCUGCAAAAUUAUGUGAUUGUAUUUAAUCAAGUUGACGAUUUAAACCUUUGCGUAUCAGUGCCUUUUAAACGCAGUUUGUCGUUUAUGGUAAACUUAGCUGCGGCUCUAAAAUUACAUUAACGGUCCCUUUAAAUUAAUCAACUUUUGAAAUCUGAAAAAGCGAUUACACAUAAAUUUGACAGAGGGACACCUAUUAAUAACUAAUCCCUUUAGACUAAUCCUCUUGUGUUAUUGAUCACUUCUUGUUACGCAGUUGUGAAUGAAUGGGCUCUGAAGCGCAUGCGUCAAGUCCCAAAGUUUAUAAACAAGGCUUGUGCAUGCAAGAAGUCACAUGACGGCUUGAAGGAGCCGAGAGAGAAGUUCGCAGACAAUGGGAUUAAUUCAUCACUGGCAAUUAGCAGCGUUUUAGAAAUAUACCGUAGCUGCACUAGAAGUAUCCGGAAUGCAAUCAGGUCAAGCGAAUUGGUCUAACAUGGUAUGGGAAGUGAAGACCAAGUUGAUGCCCGACAGUGUGCAGAAAGUGCAGGUAUUGGUGGAAGAGAGUGCGUCGCGAAUGGACGACACCUUUGAGAUGCUGAAGUGUACUGAAGACCUGCCAUCUUCUCCCGGAUGCCCUUCCAGUGAGAAUCGCAUGGAGUAUGAUGAUCUUCCAGAGUUGCAGGCCGUGCAGGAAGACCGGGCCUCCCCGGCGGUGUUCCAGCUGACCACCGGCGUGUCGCACCAGGAGCGCCCCCGGAAUAUCUGGGGCCCGCGCCCCUCCUGCCCCCCAGCCGGCGGGGUCUCCCCAGAACACGGCACCAGCUGGCUGGCAGAGCUGGCCAACAUCGCCACCAGUCCCCAGAGCCCCCUCAUGCAGUGCACGUUCUACAACAGAUCAUCUCCUGUCCAUAUAAUAGCCACCAGCAACAGUUUACAUUCCUACGCCCGUCCGCCACCAGCCUCUUCAAGCAGCGAGCCGAGCUUGUCGAAGACCCACUGGAAGGAGCGAGCCGCAGUUAAACAUGAACGGGCGAGCAGCGAAUCGGAAUCUGGUAUUUUCUGCAUGUCUUCGCUUUCUGAUGAUGACGACCUAGGAUGGUCUCAUUCAUGGCCUUCAACAGCAUGGCAUUGCUUUUUGAAAGGCACCCGUCUGCGCUUCCACAAGGGGAAUAAUGUCGAGUGGCAGGAUGCUGAAGACCUUGCGGAUUCGGAUGAUGAGUCCGAGGAUGAGAGAGAUUCCCAGUGUCAUUCCCUGAAGAGCUUUGGUUCCGAAGGUCUAAAGUUAGUGGCACAUGAAGAAACUGUCUCAUUUGGGCAGUCUGUUCUGAAAUUGACUUUUGAUCCUGGUUCCCAAGAAGAUGGCCUUUUAACUGCUGAAUGCAGUUUGGAUCAUCCCUUUUAUGUGAAAAACAAAGGAUGGUCUUCCUUUUAUCCGAGCCUUACCGUAGUCCAGCAUGGAAUACCCUGCUACGAGAUGCAGGUUGGAGAUCUCUGUCUACCUCCUGGACACCCUGAUGCCAUAAACUUUGAUGAUUCAGUUGUUUUUGACACCUUCAGGAGCUACGACUUCACCCCGCUGGACUCCUCAGCAGUGUAUGUGCUGAGCAGCAUGGCGCGCCAGCGCAGGGCCUCCCUCUCCAGCGGCGGAGCCGUCAGCCCGGACUGUGAGAAAUCAAGCAGGGACUUUGAGCCUUCAGGAUCUUCCCAGCCCUCCUGUACUUUUUAUAGCAAAUCAAAUAAGAGUCACAGCUCAGGGACAGCAAACAGUGCCACGCCUACCAAGUGCAAGAGACCAAUGAAUGCCUUCAUGCUUUUUGCAAAAAAAUACAGAGUGGAGUAUACACAGAUGUACCCAGGGAAGGAUAACAGAGCCAUAAGCGUGAUCCUUGGAGAUCGGUGGAAAAAGAUGAAAAACGAGGAGCGGAGGAUGUACACAAUGGAAGCGAAGGCUUUGGCAGAGGAGCAGAAGCGCCUCAAUCCGGACUGCUGGAAAAGGAAACGAACCAGCUCUGGCUCACAGCAGAAUUAGGAAAUGGACAUCUUUAGGGAUCUGCAUUUGCAGUACAAACUGGAUGGGACUAUGGACUCACCUGCCUGCCUUCCCUCUCUUCUGCAAGGUUGUUACGAUUACUGUGAUGAAAUGUUUGCUUUUAAGUUAAUAGAGACAUUAAAGAUAUAUGAAAUAAUAAAAAGCAUAUAACCUAGUCACUAACUAUGCUCAGAUAUUUUCUUAUUUUUUAAUGACCGAAAUGCCUUACUCUUCCAAAGUAAAAUGGUAAGUUUUCUUUUCAGGUAAUUUCAUACUAUAGGCUUGAAACAAACCCUGUGGUGCUAAAGUAGGGAGCAAAGGAGCUGUAUAAAAAAUGUCUAUUUUUAAAUGUAAAAAGGGGAAUUUAAAAUGCUUUAUUACAGCUGUUCAUUAAUUAUAUUUGUAUAACCCAUAUAUUGCACAACUAUUGUAAUCCAUUUAACUUUUUCUUCUGGCAAGCUAGGGAAUAUAUUACUUGUGUAGCUGGGGUUUCUUCAGUAUAUCUUGGGAUUUCUAUACAAAUAAAGAGGCCAUAUUAGACUUUGGGUGGGCACACACUACACUUGGGUAAGGAUUUUUACCUCAAGUGUUUUAGCACUUUAUUGUAUCUUCUACAGCCAACAAAUGUAUACAAGCAGAAAUGUAAUCAUUUUCAAAAACAAUUACAAGUAACACAAUCAGUGCAACCAUCUAGCUUGUUUCUGCUUUGCCAUUUUGUGAUGACAUUUUAAAUCAUUGUCAGUUAUGUACAGAAUUAUUGUCCCACCAAACUCUUGCACAAAAUGUUCUUGUAUUAUAUUAUAAAUAAAAAUUUUAAAUGUG